ACGACGAUUGGCUGCAGAGCGCCCGGGCUCCUCGCCUAUUGGCUAAGAGCAACGUCAGUCUGGAUGGGGCGCCGCCGCCAUGGUUCGGUUCAAGAACAGGUACGUGCUGUGCGAAGUGAUCUCGGAGGACCCGCGGUGCCGGCAGUGCAUCGAGGACCGCGCGGUGGGCCUCGCCAUCCGGGAGGCCAUCGGGCGGGUGCACGGGGACUACGGCCUGGCCUGCUGCUCCAUCUCCUUCACAGUGAAGUACCUGAACGCCUACACGGGGACCGUGCUGCUGCGGUGCCGCAAGGAUUCCCACAGACUGCUCUGCUCCGCGCUCCCCUUCGUGAGGCAGCUGGAGAGCCGGAACCAGCGCUACCCCUGCGCCCUCAACACUCUGCAUGUCGGAGGUACUAUAAGAACAUGUCAGAAGUUUCUAAUUCAGUAUAACAGAAGACAGCUGCUGACGUUGUUGCAGAACUGUACAAAUGAAGAGGAAAGACGGUGUAUACAGAAGUCCUUGUUGAGCUGUUCCCUUAAAGAAGAGCAGUCUCAAAGUGGAGAUGAGGAAGAUGAUGGCACAGAGACAGACUGAAGGUUACUUGUUCCUUAGUUACCGUUCACCUCUGUCCUGUACUUGUAUAAUCAAGAUGCUGCCAGAGUUCUUAAAUAAAUUUAAAUAAAUAAUAAA